AUGUUCCUUGCGUCGCUGGGUGGCGCCUGUGUCCAGGACGGCAUCAACCUGAGGUUCCUCUCAACCGUCAUCCCUCGACCAGCCGUCCUCAAGCUCAUAAUUGAGAGCACGCCCAUCAACUCUGAAGAGAUCAUGAGUAUCGACAUCAGCGGAACGAUGCAUUCGUUAGCAUCUUUCAUUGGUCGUUUUAAUGCAUCCCCCGAGCACCUUGCGCAGACGGAGCUAAAUUUUGCUUGUCUGAGGACUUGUGUUAAGCUUCUCGACCGGUUGCAGAUACGACCUCCAGAAGAAGCUGCAGCCGGCGACGAUAGUGCACAUUCAGUCUCGCGCUUAUGCCCCAAGUACUCCAGCUUACUUGUUCGUGGGCAUAUCGAGUGUCAACUGGACGAUGUGCGUUCGGACAAUGUUUCGGAGGCGAUGUCCAUACACAAGAAGAAUCGAGUGGCGCAACGGGAGGCCGAAUUGCGCGAGCUCGUCAUUACUGGUCUUACGCACAUGGUCAGCGCCAACUCUGAGCAUGGAUUCAAGCAGUCGUCUUUGCCCGUGUCAUCUCUCAAGGCACCAGAAUUCGAGAUUGAGGCAGUCCCCGCGGCCGUCAACCGGCAUUCACGUUUACUGGAGCUUAUGAAAGGGUUGAAUAUGGUGCUUGUCAUGGCUAUUUGCGAGACCUGUCCACAAUCUGAAGUCGAAAUAAUGGUUUCGGUCAUGCUCAAUCUCUUCGACACGCGCAGCACCCUCAUGGCACUGCUUAAAUACAUGAUCGAACGGGAGGUUGCCGCGACAGAAAACGAAGCUCAAUUGUUCCGCAGCAACACAACUUGCACCCGGUUUCUAUCGGCGUUCGCAAAAGUGCACGGCUACACUUAUCUGCGAAGUUUGAUUAUACCGCUAAUCAAAGCGAUGGCAGCGGUGCCACCUGGUCAUGGUUACGAGCUUGACCCAGGCAAGCCCGACGUGGGUGAAACUAAAGCCGCGCAGAAUCUGGAGAAUGUCAAGGUCAUCGCGUCCACCUUCUUGGAGAUCAUUUCCAUGUCCCUUCCUACACUGCUGCGUCAAAUGUCCCGCGAAAUCUGCACGCCCAUCUCCAAGGUCGUGCAAAACGUGUGGCCCGACUGCAAGUUUUCUCCUAUGGGAGCCUUCAUCUUUCUUCGAUUCAUCUCGCCCGCUAUUGUUGCACCAGAAACAAUUGAUGUGGAGAUACCGAAAGACUUGACACCGGGAAGAGCAGUUGUCGAUUCGUCGCGGACUUAUGAUCAUCACCAAGAUCAUCCAGAAUUUAGCGAAUAA